AUGAAUGGCCGUGACCGUCCUCGUCCACCCCCACCGGGCGAUGCGCGCCGCGGAGGCGAGUCUCGCAAUGGCUCCGGGGAUGCCUCUGCUAUGUCAAGAGCCGAGAAGUUUGAAGACGAGAAGAAACGUAUCGUUCAAAGCUGCUACUCUAAAACGGAUAGCGAUGGAACUUUGGUCGAAUCCUAUAUCACUCAUGUUCGCAUCACGGAAGAUGCAGCGUAUCCCUCCACCCCUGCCCCACCGAGCUCGGCACCCGAAAAUAAGAAACCCCGUGUCAUUAUUGUCUCAGUCCGAAGGUCAGGCCGAGUCCGGAUGCACAAAGCUCGUGAGAAUAGCGAUGGGUCUUUUUCAAUUGGCAAAACCUGGAUGCUGGAUGACCUUUCCGCGAUCCAAUCAUAUAGCGCUUUCGUGCCCAAAACACAAGCCGAACAACAGCAAAAAGAGUGGGCAAAUACAGUUGGUUUUGUGGUCACAGUUGGGAAACCUUACUAUUGGCAUGCUCGGAGCUCCAAGGAAAAGGAGUUCUUCAUUGGUAGUCUGGUCAAAAUCUACAAAAAGUACACCGGAGGAAAGGUACCGGAUCUGACUGGGUUUGAGGAUAGAGAAUUGCAACUACUUGUCGGGGGUGGGCCAGUGGGACCUACUGGGCCUUCAGCACCGGCACCGCCAGGAUCUCGGGGUGGACCUGGGUCGUCGGCCGAUGGGGUGUCGCCUUCCCAGGCACAACAGCAAUCACCAUACGUUGACCGUGACCGUGAGAAAAGCCGUGAUCGAUCCCGAGAUGCCCGACCCAAGCCAUCUGAAGGUCCGGUCCUUCGAUCUCAGAAGAGUCGUGAACAGAUGAGCCGCCCGUCUACCGGAUCUCGGCCUGCUCCUUCACCGUUUGCACCACCCCAGCAUCCACCCCCUGCUGUUCCGUCACCUACUACCUUUCUCAACGUUGGCGAAGAAGACAACCAGGCUAGCGCCCAAGAAGAUCCCAGACCGCCAUCGUCGCGUGACGGCAGGGGCCCCAAACCUCCCCCAACCCUCACAACCCAGCCAGCUGAUGCCAGAUCCCUGGAAACAAAGCGCAGUACGGACGGACUGCGUCCCACUACUCCGGCUUCCCUAACUAUCAGCAAGCCAACAAGCCCUGGAAGCAGCAUUGGUCCGAGUCCAAAAUCUCCGUAUCGUGAUGGCCGCGACACUGUACCGACGCCGACCCAGGAGAAUUCUGCUCCAGAUCCAAUAUCUCCUGUUGUAAUACGCGAUGCACCGAAACAAAUUUCUCCCCAAGAGACAGAAAGCCCAUCCGCACCACCUCUUGUGGAACCAGAAAUAGCUGCCGCAGUGGUACCAGCUGAAGAGCCACCGAAAGCCACUGCUGAUACUCCAAAGGAAUUAUCCCCAACUACCCCCUCGUCUGAUACAACGGGGGCUGCAGAAGAAGCUACAGGUGCGCACAGACCGGGACUUGGUCCCAUGAUUAAAAAGAAAUCAGGCAAAGACAUCGCCGGCGCUUUUCGGAAGGCUGCCAAUGCCUAUGGUGCUUUCAAGCCUCGCCCUGGUGGGGCUGGCGAGCGUCUAUUGGCAGCAGCAAAGAAACAGAAAGCAGACGAAGAAGGUCCUGAUGGUAUAACCGAGGUUGUCCCUGCACCGUCCCGAUCUACUACGGACACACCGAAAGACUCCAUAGAGGAUUCUCUAGAAAAAGAGACGUCUACACCAUCAAUCGUGGCUAGCGUUCCAUCUGCGAUGGCAAGUGCGCCUACCGUUGAGAUCACUCAACCUGCCACGGAUGAGACCCCCUUGGAUCCUAUUCCAUCUGCAGAAGGGCCGAAAGAUAUGCCCUCAGAACUUACAAAAGUGGACAGCCGCUCACGGAGCCCUUCACCAGCGGCGCAGGGCCGUCGUAGGAGGCGCCGUGAAGACCAUACUAUGAAAUACUGCCAGUCUCUCGGCAUUGACCCUUCGGUUCUUGAUGGACGAGGAAUCGAUUUCGACGAUAUUCUGUCGGACCUGGGCUGGAACGGUCGACUGGGCGAUGAACAAAAGAUUGAAGAUCUUGAAGCAGAUGUUCGUCGGGAGAUUGGUCGUGUCGAGGCAACCAGCUGGCUGGGCAACCUCGAACAGCAAGAAGGCAAGGUCGAGCAGCUGGCAGUCCUCAUCGACAAGACAAUCGAAGAGUGCGAGGAGCUUGAUGGCCUGCUUACCCUAUACUCACAUGAGUUAAACACUCUCCAUGACGAUGUGUCCUACAUCGAAGCUCAGUCUCAGGGUCUGCAAGUGCAAACCGCCAACCAGAAGUUGCUCCAAAAUGAGCUCCAGACCCUUUUGAAGACCCUCUCAAUUUCUCCUUCUGAAAUGGGCCCACUGAAGGAAGCCUCGCUGAGCAACCCGGAUGGAUUGAAGGACACGGAAUCUGCCCUGUCGACACUGUAUAAGGCCAUGCUCAUGAUCGAUGCUGAUAUUGGCCAAAAUAAAAAGCGCCAGGCUGAUGCUAGUGUCGGUGUAUAUGCGAACACUGAAAUUGGCCAGAUGCGAGCUAUUAAGGAAAAGAAGGAGGAGUACCGCUCUGCCGCCCUGACAUUCCUGCAACGUCUCAAGCCGUUCAUGGCUCUCGCUUUCAAGAUGGCCGAACAGAAGCGAGCCGAUCUCUUGGCUAGCACACCCAGAGAUCCUAUGAAGCUAGACCCCGCUGUGAGACAACAAUUCCGUGCCGAGGUUUGGAGAUAUAAUCCAUUGAUGCUCUUCGCUAAGGAGGUCAGUACUGCCGAAUGGCAAGGUCUUGUUCACCUCUAUGAGCAACAAUCCAAGCCAUCUUACCAGAGUGAGUUCCGAGACAACUCCCAGGCUUGGAAGAAGACCGCCCGUAAGCCUACUGGCGAUGAGCAGGAACUCCUUUUCACCAGUCAAGAAAAGGAAAAGGAAGGCGAAGGCAUCACCAUGGCCGCCCGCAAGCUCACAGUUCGACGUGGUAAGACAGUCCGAGCCGCAGCUGGUCUUCGCUUGGGCUCCAGUGAAAAGAAACCCACCAGUAAGGUUGAGCCGUUCGAAGCCUUUGUCGGGACUUUGCGCGAGACCUUGAACAUGAUCACUGAGGAGCAAAAUUUUGUGAUUCAAUUUUUCCACCUGGACUCGCUUGCCACCAGCGAAUUCUCGGACUUGGUGGUCUCCGCUACUCCGGAGGAUCGCCAAUGCCCCGACUUCUCUACAAAACAGCCGCAUGACCCCGAUCGCCAGAUGGCGAAGCGGGUAGAGCAGAUCAUGGACGAGGUUUAUUCUUUCUGGCCUAAUGAUUUGCAAAGUAUGGUAGACUGGGCUGUCCAGGCCGAUCCGAUGCAAGGAAUCGGUAUUCUCUUUGGGUUGGAAUCUGCAAUGGUCAAUCUUGAUGAUACCAACCAAGAAUUCAUCAUCCACUCCUUGCAAAAGGUUCACUCCCGUCUGAUGGGUCUAUUCAAUCGAUUCGUGGAUGAGCAGAUCCGCGGCAUCGAGGAUACUAAAGUGAAGGUCAACAAGCGAAAGGGAGUAAUUUCCUUCAUGAGAGUGUUCCCACACUUCUCCACGGCCGUCGAGAAUAUGCUGGCUCAACCGCCUGCCGAACUCUGCGACAUCCGACAAAGUGUUAAUGACGCAUAUGACCGCAUCAAUCGAGCUAUGUGGGAGUCGCUCAAAUUCAUUGCCAAGGAAGCCCCCGGACAACCACCUGGGGUGGCCGCUAGCGCGGGCGACCCCGAAGACAAGGAGGUGCUCAAUUACCACAUUCUGCUGAUUGAGAACAUGAACCACUAUGUCGAGGAGGUUGAUGUGCACAGUCUUCCGGUCCUCGAGCGUUGGGCCGACCGAGCUCGUCAAGACUUUGAUGAACACAUGAAACUGUACCUAGACGCAGUCAUCCACCGACCUCUGGGCAAACUGUUGGACUUUAUCCAGUCUGUCGAGAACCUGGAAGCCAACGGCAAUGUGACCGAAAUUGCGACUCGCGCCAGCCACUCACGCAUGGUGGCGAAGAAGGUCUUGUCCUCGUAUGACGCCAAGGAGAUCAAGCGCGGGGUUGAGAUGCUGAAGAAGCGGGUGGAGAAGCAUUUCGGCGAUGCGGAUGACCCUGGUCUCAGUCGCAGCCUGGUGCUGAAGGUUCUGCGGGAGUGUGAGAACCGUUACGAGGAUGCGUGGGACCGGGCGCGCCGGAUCAUCGAUACGGUGUAUGAAGGGCAAUUGGAGAUGGAAUGGCGCAAGGAAGAUGCCGUCACCAUGUUCCGCAAAUGA